UACACUGAAACCAUCUAAUCACUGCAUGGGCACUUUUGUAUUUUUAUGGCCUCUGAAGAAAGACUUUGUAAUUUGUUUUUCUUUCUCAAAGGACAUUGUGUGCAGUCUUUAACACUUUUUUUACUAUGAAAAAAAAAAUGUUAACAUAAACAUUCUUAAAAGAUCUGUUUUAAAUGCAUCUUCGAUUAUUUUUCCCUUGUUUUAAAAACAGAAUUGUCUCUCAAAUGUAUUAAGCUUAUGCUUUCUUUUUAUGCUUACAUGAAUACAUGAUAAAUAUGCUACUUUUUUCAGAUAAGAACCUAUAGACAUUUUAGAAAAGAAGACCUCUCUAAUUUCUCUUUCUUGACAUUAUUGGCUCUCUCUAUAUCCUUCCCCCCGACGCUGUGUCCUCUGUGUCCACUAAUCAGACAGAUCUCAUUGGGACCUACGAGUCUAAGACUGAUUGGUUUUUUGAACUAUGUUUAGCUCUUUGCUUUCACAGAGUUUGCAUGCACAGCCUUUGUUACCAGACGUGGAUUCAGUCAACCUCUGACCUUGUGUUUUCACAGCAUCUUCCGGCAUGUUCUCCCAAUAUAAAAUCUUCUCGUUGAUGAACUGCCUGUUACUCCUGAUGGUGAUGUUUCCUGUGGUCCAGUCGCGUCGGGGCGGGGGCUUCGGGCGCGGAGGAGGCCGAGGUGGAGGAUGGGGCGGCAGCAGCUCCGGUCGUGCGGGCUGGGGAGGAGGCGGUGGACAUUACCGUGCCCCACCAGCCCACACCGGAGGCUCUUCGGGACACAGCACUGGGAAGGUAGCAGGGGCUGCUGCUGCCGGAGCUCUAGGGGGAAUGCUGGUCGGACACGGUUUGAGCUCCUUGGCCCGACCUGGAUAUGGGUAUGGGCACGGGUAUGGAGGCUAUGGAGGAUACGGAGGCUACGGUGCAGGAUAUGGGCAUGGCCACGGGUACGGCCACGGACAUGGACACGGGCAUGGGCACGAAGGACAUGGUGGUGAGCAUUCAGGAGAUCAUGUUCACAAUGAGACAGAUGUGGAUUAUUACACAGAUGCUGCCAGUUCUGGACCCAUUUAUAGCUGUGUGACAGUUUUUGGACUCGUGAUGUCAUUCUUUCUUGGGUACUUUCUGUCAUAAGGGCCACUUAUGGGUCACUUGGCACGGGUCAAUCUUGGAUCUGUCACUUCUUUCAAUACAAAAAUAACCUAACAAAAUAAAAAUAUGGAACAUGGACUAAAUGCUAUUAAACAGCACUCUGUGCACGAUCUCUGCCCAAGUUUUGUGUUAAAUUGACAGCAGAAAAACAAGGUUGCAUUUGCUUGAUUGGCGACUGUUUCCAAUGUUUUUUGUCUCUGAAGCGAGAGUUAUGAUGAGCACAUGCCUGUACAUUUUUUUUUUCCAGAUUGAUGAUUUUUAUAAAUGUAGUUUUUUUUCAUGAUUUAGUUUAUCUGAAUAAUGGAAUUUUGUAUUAUUUAAAAUGUAUGAUGAAUAACAGGUAUUAUUAACAGUUUAUUAUCUAAAGAGAUUUGCAGAGCAUCAUGUAUAUAUAUAUUUUCCUUGAUACUUAUGCAAACGUGCAUUGAUUGUUCUCUACUGAGCCGUUUCAACCUUCUCAAUGAUUUAAUCUGUUUGUUCCUGCCAUUUACGUCAGCGAACAUUCAAAAUAAAACAAGGCUUAUGGUAAAAUCACAUUAAACCAUAAUAAGCUUGACGAAGUGUGUCGAGUCGAGAGCAAAUCUUGUUAAAGGGCUCGGGCGCUCUCUACCUCACUUCCCCGAGCUCUUUAACAAGCAGCUGAUUGUCUUAAACCAAUAAGAUUCCAUUGCUAUUGCUUGUACACCUUCCUAGAUUUGUUUAUCAGUAUGUAUGUUUAUUUUUGUACUGCUAAUAUAAAAUAAAUUCACUUCAUAAAAUACUUGACGUUUGUCAUUUUUCAUUCCAUGUGAGUGAUAAUAUGGGUAAAUGUCUUUUGAUUUAGUCAGGAAUGGGAGAAAUUGAAACUACUUUGCUCCUUGAAUUAAACUGCAUUUUCAGAUGUGGACAUGAUAUUGUCCACACAUGCAAAAUACCCCUAACAAAGACCACUUAAUAAUCACAAAAUUCUGUGUUCAGAAGUAAGCAGGAGGAAUGUUCUUCCCCAGUAUAUUAUUGUAGCUCCAUCGUCCAUAAUUUCUUCAUCUUAAACAAUGAGUAAUACAUCUUUGA